AUGGAAGCGGAAUGUGACGAAACGGAGGAAGACUCGCCUCGAUGCGUGAUCUGCAAAGGACAGUUGGCAGCAGGUGAAACUGUGAAUGCUCCAGGAAACCUGUUACAUCACAGGACGCACACAGAAGCUACUUCCAGUAGUGAGACAAACCACUCCCCAAGGUCGACUGACAACUGGGAAUGGGCUAAGAGUAGCCUAAACCAAUUCCGCGAAAGAGGAAUUAGCUUCAAACUGGGGAACUUAUUGAGGAAAGGUCUAACAAUUACCCCAAGGGUUGACCAACAAGAUGUUUUAAAAAUUCCCGAGUCAGCCGAUUCCUCUAGCAGCAUGGAGAAUACGGAACAACCUGAUGAUGAUUUCAUGAUGGAUUUUGAGUCAGGUAUUGACACGUGGAUUAUUGACAAAGAUGAUUCAAUUGGCUCGUUUUCUUCUCUUGAUAGAACAGGAAGAGAUGGUAAUAAGGAAAAAAAUAUGAAUAAAGAAAACAUCAAGAAGUUAUCAUCAUCUAUGUCCAAGAAUUCACUUAGAAGUUUUAGGAUAAGGAAAAGAGUCUCUUAUGAGGAACUGUCUUCAGAGUCAGAAAGUGAGAUGAAUAACAGAUUAGAAGAUGAAUUUAGCAAGAUAAAGAGGAAAAGACAUUCAGAACCCCCCAGGGUGACAAAUUAUAUGUCUUCGUCUAGAAAGCACUCUUCAAAAGACCUAAUAAAAGAUGUAGAGAAUUUAAGCUCUGAGGAGAUAUCUUUAAUAUUGUCAGAUGAAGACAGAGAUUAUUACUCUCCUGGAAGUAAGCGGGAAAGACUCCUUUCAAUUGAAAAUGUUUCCUCUACAAUGGAUAGUAGUUCAUCAUCUUCUUUACCUCAUAUUAAGUCCAAUCCAAAGGUGACCAGUUACAAUUUUAAUUCUAUUCAAUCUGAAUAUGGCAAGACAAAUAAAAAACUCUUCCAAGAUGUUUUCAAGAGAAGAAUUUCAACAGAAAAUACUUCUCAAGUAAUCCAGAUACACAGGGACUCGUCAUCUUUUGAUAAGAGACAUAUAAGAUAUUCAAAGAAAGACAGUUGUAACUUCAACACACAUUAUCCUAUAAAGGAGCUUAACACCCUGCUUGAACAAGUUUCUACGGAAGCCAAUUAUGAUGAUUGUGUUUUCUCAACACCUUUGAACAAAACCCAAGAUAAACUCAAAACAUUCCCUGCUAUAGUUGAUAAUAAAAUAAUGACAAACGAUUCUUCUAAUCCGAAACAUGCAGAGAAGAUUAAAGAAAGUCAGUCACUGAAAUGUAACAUUUGUGGAUACUUGUCUGCUGAACUUUUUAUCCAUAAGUCUCACCAGAUAAUGAUACACAAAGAUAAAACUAAUUUGGAAUGUGAAUACUGUAAUUACAAGGCCACCCAGCAUGCCAGCCUAGCCACUCACAUCCGAGUGCACUUCCGCAAGGACUGCCCUUAUUGUGAUUAUAAUUGUUGUUUGAAAUCCAGUUUGAAAUCCCAUCUUCUGAGGUACCACCAAAAGGCUUACCCUUACAGCUGUAAAACUUGCGGUUACUCUUGUGAAACCCAACAAAAAUUGAAUGAUCAUUUACAAUUACACGGGUUGAAAAAGUUCCAAUGUAGUGAGUGCUUUAAAUUCUAUUCAAGCAAAAUAUAUUUAUCAGCACAUGUCAAGAAGCAUUUGGUGAAGUCAAAAACAGUAAAAUGUCACAAAUGCGGCCGAACCUUUUCUCAAAUUCGGAGUUUGAAGCUUCACAUGAAAAGUCAUGGAAAAUUGGAUUCUUUCCUCUGUUCCACCUGCAACGCCUCCUUCUCGAAGAAAUUACAUUUUGAAAAUCAUAUAAAGAAGCACCCAGUAGUCCUUAAAAAUUUUAAUUGUGAAAAAUGUGGUUUAGCAUUUAUGCGGAAAAACCACCUCACACUCCACAUGCGAGUUCAUUUACCCAAGCAAACUAAAUGUAAAUACUGCUCGUUCCAAUGUACUGAUGCAAGGGAAAUGAUAAAUCACAUGUGUGUUCAACUAAAUAAAUUAUAUGCUGUUCAAAAGCGAUCUCUCAGUUUUGAACGUAAAGAAAAAGAUGAAAGGAGCAACAAUGUCAAAACUAGAACCAAUAUUAAAGCAAAAUUAAGAAAAGUGUCCCAUAAAGAAUAUGACAAGUUAGCUGAAAACCUCACUAGACCUGAAAUUUUGGUUUCAAAAUCAGAGAAUAUGAAGAAACCUGGAAAUAGAAGACCUAGGGUAUUGGCACUUCGAGAAAAUGUACGCCAUUUCAAAACAGGAUCUAAGGAUGAAAUGAAAAAUGCUAAACUUUCAAAACACAGUAGGAAUCCUGAACGUAAACGGGGCAGACCCAAAAAACAAUUAAUUGAAGGAAAGUCUAAUUCUCACAUCAGGAAUAAUGCAAUUAAAAAUGGAACUCGCAAACAUAACUCUGCUUGGAAAAGUGUAAACAUUGUCAAAAGGCAGAGAAGGGAUGUUAAAAGGAUAAAAAAAUAUAACUUGUUUAAAGGGUUAGAGAUAGCUGGUCUUUUAUCAAAGCAAAAAGAAUUCAUGAAGGAAUUAUUAGUUGAGCCAGUAGCUUUUACAAAUAACAGUUUUAUAGAGUGUUACUAUCAGAGUCAACAACCGUCUUCCACAACAACUUUUCAUCACCAUGAGGAACGUCACUUGAGAAGACCUACUUUGCUCUCUUGUAGGUUUUGUUCCUACAAAACAAACUCUCAGCAACUUUUAAAGUUCCAUGUUGACAAAAACCACACUUGGGACCCGGCUGUUGUCAGUAAGUUGUUUAGACCUUGAAUUGGCUCGAUGUCACAUACUGUGGAUUGUUCUGUGUAGCCAUACAUGUAAGGAAAAAUGUAAGUAAACUUAAUGGCUGUACAGUUGAGUCCCGAUUAUCUCAUCUUAUGUUACCUGUGGUGCUUUUUGUAACCCUCCCUGCGGAUGAUCGAGUACAACCCCUUGGCCAACCCUGGCUCUUGACAUUUUCUGACCAUUUGAUCACCCUGCAUACCACACAGUACUUCAACUUUUAGCUUGACGACUAUUAAUUUUUAUAUAUUUAUCAAUAUAUAAGUAACAGAUAGUGUUUUUAUUAACUUCGUUGAUUUUUUUAUGUGAUUGGUGAUGAAUUCAAAACAAAAUAACUGGUUUCAAUUCAGGACAAACCAAAGCCUUGGAAGGUUUGCUAACUAACAGAAAAACUCCAUUGAUAUCAUGACUUUUUAUACGUCUACAAUGUUUUUUUAUUAAUCAUAUUCCGUUUAAUCCAAAAUUUUAGCUUCUCCGACCUCACCGCGGCUAGUUUAGGUCAGAUAAUUGAGACUCUGCUGUACAAACUUUGUAAAACCACUCUUGCCUUUUACAUAUCCCAUGGCUUUUUAGAACAAAAUUCUGUGUAAAGGAUUGAAAGAUGCUAUGAAAACUAGUCUACUUUAAUUCCACGGAAGUGCUUUUACAUAUUUGAAUAUUUAUAUAUUGAAUAGUGUAUACCGGUAUAUCGAUUUUAAUAUUUUAUAUUGUAAGUGAAAUAAUUUAAUCUAAACCGAGAAAUGUAUAAACGAACGUGUCAUAUUUGCUCCUUUUAGUGUUUUCCAUUCUGAUUAAAUCAAGCAGUUUUAAAUUUGACAUUUUUCUUGCUAAGUAUUUUUUAAUACAUUGCUAUAAGUUCUCAUGGAUUAAUGGCAGUUAAGAGGUUUUUUGUUUUAUUUAAUCAAAUUUACACUACCUUCGGGUCCUUGCUUACAUAGAUCUUGUCUUUCCACAACAUCUUGCUUCAAUUUUUGAAUAAAUUUUCCAAAUAUGAUUUUGCAGUUUACUUAGCUAAUGUAAUAAAAUUAAUUUAUCCUCGCCUCAAAUUAUUGUACAUGUGUAUUUGCUACUUUCUGGUUCUGUACAAAUAUUAAUCCUUGAACUUUUCUCUGGCAUGUUUGUGUUAUAUUGCUUUUAACAUUUUAUUAGUUUUUUUGUUGUAAAUUAAGUUAAACUGUAUGUCUGUGAAUGUAUUACAACUAUUAACUAACUAUCAUAAAAUUAAGUAAUUUUAUGGAAUUUUUCAAACAUUGUUUUUGACUUGGUAUGGGCAUAGAUUAAACCAUUGACUAUUGGAUACUAGUCAAAGAUUAAAUAUAGUGUACUCACUUGGUAGAUUUGACAUCCGUAGAUCAGCUGAAGUCUUUAUUAUGGUUCUGUCUGGUGCCGCUAGGGGCGUGUUUUUGUUUACAUUUUGUUUCUUGUCAUUUCAAUUAUUUAAAACCUCGAUUAGCCAUUCAAAGCUAUUUAAUCCUAAACCAUAGUUUGUCUCCUGGUUAUAUAACCAAACAAAAUUUUGUGGACAUUAGCUCCCAUUAUCACCAACAUGAACUAGAUAUGGAAAACAAACUUCAAAAUUGACUAUGGGAUGAGAAGAAUACUUGUGUUGAUUAGUCAAAUAUACUAAGCUGCAUCUUGCAUGUUGUAACUCAAUUGUAAUGUAAUGAUACGAUAAGUUAUAAAGAAGUAUUUUUGUAAAAUCUUUUUUGACUUUGGCCACAGUAUGCAUAUUGAUUUCCAAAAGAAAACCUAGUUUUUUAUGCAGUUUUCUCAACUGCACCUCAUGAAUAUAAAUGUGAUUGUUUCAAUAAUUAAAAAAAAAUAUGUUUUCAAAGUUGAUCCAUGUAAAGUAAGUGAUGUCUUGAUGUGAGAUUUUUUUUAUGUCCAAAACUUGACAUUAUUUUAAGUAAUGUUCAUAGUUCACUUUAGUUGAUGAAAACCUGAAUCUUACAGAUACUGUUUGGAAAAUUAUUGUUAUAGGCUAAAAAAGUUUUUCCUUGGUAGAUUUAAUAUAGAUAUAUUGGAUAACAACAAUAUAGUAUGCAUGUUUUAAAUGUAAUAUAAAUAAAAUUGUCCUCGAUUGCCCAACAUGCAGUGUACUUGUUAUAGAGUCAUAGAGUCUUUAAAGUACUAAAAGUAUGCACAAAACAUAAUGUUGCACUUUUUAAUAUACUAUUUCACAUUAUAACUUAUUACAGUGUUUGGAAUUUGUUUUACUACUUGUAAUUACCUGACCAUGGUAAUAACUUUUACCUCUUUGCCUUUCUAACAUGGACAUUUAACUCCUAAAAGGCAACCAGUGUAAACAAAAUAAUUUGACAAUCACUUGAUAAAUCUCAUCUUUGACACUGUUAUAAAGCCUUCAUUUGCAAUGUUUUUAUAAUUUCAAGAAUUGGAGAUAUCUUAAAAUGUUUUUUUAAAUACAGAAUAAUUAGUCUAUUAACAUACCCAAUCGGUAAAUCAUGGGGUCAGUCAGUAUAAGGUUGUCAGAGUGUACACUGUACUACUGUACAACCAAUACAUUGAUGUCUUAGGAUACGAUUAAUGGUUGUAAUUUUCAUGUUUUAGGUGACUAAAGUCACAGAAAACAUACUACUAUAACCCAGAAUGCCAACCGCAUGGUAAAAACCAUUAAGUGUUUUGAGAGAGCUU